AUGCUCGGUCCUAUUCUCCGAAGGCGCGUGCUGCAGCAGCGCCCAGUGCUGCGGUAUGCUGCCCCCUCGACGCUCGCCAGAUGGUAUGCUUCGUUCCCGCCGCAUACCCUGAUCAACAUGCCGGCACUGUCGCCCACUAUGACGGUCGGCAACAUUGGCGUGUGGCAGAAGAAGCCGGGCGAUGUGAUUGUGCCUGGUGACGUGCUCGUGGAGAUUGAGACCGACAAGGCCCAGAUGGACUUUGAGUACCAGGAGGAAGGCGUGCUGGCCCAGAUUCUGCUGCCGUCUGGCCAGAAGGAUGUUCCGGUCAACAACCCGAUCGCCGUCUUUGUCGAAAACACUGCCGACGUUGCAGCAUUUGCAAACUUCACCCUGGCCGAUGCUGGUGGCGCGGCUGCACCGGCAGCUGCGGCUGCGCCGGCCAAGGAUUCCGCGGCUGCACCGACGUCGACGCCGACUGCGGCACCCGAGCCGGAGGAGUCGUCUUCCUCGAUCGUGCGGCUGCAGACGGCCCUGGACCGCGAGCCGAACAUCGGUGCGCCGGCGAAGCGGCUCGCGAUCGAGCUGGGCGUCAAGGCGACGACGCUUAAGGGCACCGGCCCUGGCGGCAAGAUCACGGAGGAGGAUGUGCGCAAGGCAGCAGCGGCCAGCUCGGCGGCAUCGGCAGCUUCGAGCGGCGGUGCGGCGGCAGCAGAAGGCGCGGCCUACGAGGACAUUCCGAUCAGCAACAUGCGCAAGACGAUUGCCAGCCGGCUCAAGGAGUCGGUGGCGGAGAACCCGCACUACUUUGUGUCGGCGACGCUAUCAGUUAGCAAGCUGCUGAAGCUGCGGACGGCGCUCAACAGCACGGCCAACGGCAAGUACAAGCUCAGCGUGAAUGACUUUUUGAUCAAGGCGAUCGCGGUGGCGUCGCGCAAGGUGCCGCAGGCCAACUCGUCGUGGCGCGACGGAUUCAUCCGGCAGUUCAACACGGUGGACGUGUCGGUGGCGGUGUCGACGCCCAACGGGCUGAUCACGCCGAUUGUGCGGUCGGUCGAGGGCAAGGGCCUGGCAGCGAUCUCAGCCGCGGUCAAGGAGCUGGCUGGCCGUGCGCGCGACGGCAAGCUCAAGCCGGAGGAGUACCAGGGUGGCAGCAUCUCCAUCUCCAACAUGGGCAUGAACACGGCGGUCGAGCGGUUCACGGCCGUGAUCAACCCGCCGCAGGCGGCCAUCCUGGCCGUUGGUACCACGCAAAAGGUGGCUGUGCCGGCCGAGAACGAGGACGGAACCACGGGCAUUGCCUGGGACGACCAGAUCAACGUGACGGCCAGCUUCGACCACAAGGUCGUCGACGGGGCCGUCGGUGCCGAGUGGAUCCGCGAGCUGAAGCAGGUGGUCGAGAACCCGCUCGAGCUGCUGCUGUAA